AUGAAGCCUCUGUCAUGGCUGACCUCAGCUUCCAUUCUGGGCCUCUCGAAAGGUCAGCACAUGGGUUUUGAUGCGAGGGAGGCAACAAUAUCAUCUAUUCAUUCAGAAUUAUUCGCGGGCCUUACAACAUGUCGAGCGAUUGUAUCUGCCUUUAUUGCACGAAUUGAAGCAUACAACCCGCUCAUAAAUGCCGUUAUUACUCUCAACUCGGAUGCUCUCAACAUAGCAGAUUCUCUGGAUGAAUCGCUUGCUUCAGGGAACACCACUGGGAAAUUGUUUUGCAUCCCCGUCCUGUUGAAGGACAACUACGACGCGGUGCCCAUGGCCACAACAGGUGGUAGUCUCCAGCUUAGUACUUGCUCGCCUCUUCAAGACGGACCUACAGUACUGGCACUCCGUGCUGCCGGAGCCGUCCUACUGGGGAAAACUAAUCUCCAUGAAUUUGCUCUUGAAGGCCUUGGCUUGUCGUCUCUCGGAGGGCAGACUCUCAAUCCGUACGACCUCACACGCACUGCCGGAGGGAGCUCCAGUGGUACAGGAGCAGCAAUAGCAGCAUCGUUCGCGGUCUUCGGUACUGGCACGGAUACUGUGAACUCCCUGCGGAGUCCAGCGAGUGCGAACAGUCUCUAUAGUUUUCGUCCGACAAGAGGACUGAUCUCUAGAGCGGGUAUCAUACCUGUGUCCCAUACGCAAGACACCGCAGGGGCUAUUGGUCGAAGUCUGCUAGACAUCGCGACUGCAUUGACAGUUAUGUCAAGCGUCGGGUACGACAGUAGCGACAACGCUACUUCGGAAAUUCCAUCGUCGGCCAUUGGCACUGACUACACGAGCUUCCUGUCACUAAAUGACAACCCGACAAACCUCACCGGAAUACAUAUCGGACUCCUGGAAGGCUUCUUCAACCGAACAACAAGCAGUGAAACCACACCGGUGAACAACCUAAUGGACGCUGUCAUCUCCCAGCUACAAAGACAAGGUGCCACUAUCAUACCCAUCAAAGAUACGACCACCUACAACGCCACAUCCAUCUUAUCGGAACUCGAUGUGCAGAAGUUCGAAUACCGAGAACUUCUUUCAGAAUACCUGUCAUCCCCCAACCUCCAGGGUACGCAUCCUCGCAGCAUGCCCGAGAUCUACAUCAACAGUACCAUCACUGACACCACGACACGACCAAACUUCGUCGUCAUCCCAGCACAAUACCAACACAUCCAGCAAUCACUCGUCUCCUCGACAUCCAACACCAGCUACACCACCAUCAAAGCGCGCAUCGCCAACCUCACUCAAACGCUACACUCAACGCUGCGCACCCAACGACUCUCCGCCAUCAUCUACCCGGAGCAAAAAAACCUGGUCGUGCCCAUCGGCUCACCGUCCCAGUCCGGCCGCAACGGCAUCCUCGCGGCGCUGACGGGGUCCCCGGUCAUCACGAUCCCGAUCGGCUUCUCGCCGGCGAGCGAAACUGCGCCGAUUGGAAUCCCUGUUGGCAUGGAGAUCCUCGGCCUCCCCUUCAGCGAGGGCACGCUGCUGCGCAUCGCCAAGGGCAUCGACGACCGACUGCACGCCCGCCGCAGCCCCGUCACUGCCGGCUUGAAUGACUACGACGACGCCGCCGCCGCCGUCCAGCACCCGCCGCACUAUUCGAGCGUGCCGACCAUCACGCCUCUGAACAACAUCCCUGCUGCGUACCCUCUCGGUCGUUUCUGA